CUCCAGAACCCCGAGAGUUAAAUGACACCGACAUGUGCAGCCUGCGGAUGGGGAUUCUGCCCGAACUUCUGCGGGCCUGGCAAGUUGGAGACUGGGCAAGCCGACCCCCAGCCCCCUACUCCCUCCUCUGCGGGCUGAGGGUGCCGGGAGCCUCCUGAGCUGCGGCCUGGAGGGGAGAGAACCGGUGCCGAGACGGCCGAGAGUGAUGCUGGAGCCUCGUGCAGGAUUCGGGGAGGAUCUCUAUACGCCCCCAGAAACUACUCAAUGCUGAAGCCUUUCACCGUGGUACCAGAGACUUUGGAAGCACCAUGGAUGGGUUUUGUGAUCAGCAAGUCCCUUUUAUGGUCCCAGGGAAAUCUCGGUCAGAGGAAUGUCGAGGACGACCUGUGAUUGACAGAAAGAGGAAGUUUUUGGACACGGAUCUGGCUCACGAUUCUGAAGAGUUGUUUCAGGAUCUGAGUCAACUCCAAGAGGCUUGGUUAGCUGAAGCUCAAGUUCCUGAUGAUGAACAAUUUGUCCCAGAUUUCCAGUCUGAUAACUGGUCUCUCCCUGAAGAAGCUGGACCUCAUCAGCUGGCUAGAGCGGGGAUGACAGUGGUGCUUCACGCCCCGCCUCCCACCAAGAUCAAGCGGGAGCUGCAUAGCCCCUCCUCUGAGUUGUCAUCCUGUAGCCACGAGCAGGCUCUUGGUGCUAACUAUGGAGAAAAGUGCCUCUACAAUUACUGUGCCUAUGCUAGGAAGCAUCCCUCUGGGUUCAAGCCAUUAACCCCUCCGACCACUCCUUUGUCACCCACCCAUCAGAAUUCCCUAUUUCCCCCACCUCAGGCAACUCUGCCCACCUCAGCUCUUGCCCCUGGAGCCGGCCCAGUUCAAGGGGUGGGUCCUGCCCCCACCCCUCACUCACUUCCAGAACCCGGAUCACAGCACCAAACAUUUGCGGUCCCCCGGCCACCACAUCAGCCCCUGCAAAUGCCAAAGAUGAUUCCUGAAAGCCAGUAUCCAUCAGAACAGAGAUUUCAGCGGCAGCUGUCCGAACCCUGCCACCCCUUCCCUCCUCAGUCAGGAGUUCCUGGAGAUAACCGCCCUGGCUACCACCGACAGAUGUCAGAGCCUAUUGUCCCCGCAGCUCCCCCACCCCUUCAGGGAUUCAAGCAGGAGUACCAUGACCCACUCUAUGAACAUGGGGUCCCUGGGAUGCCUGGUCCCCCAGCACAUGGGUUCCAGUCACCAAUGGGAAUCAAGCAGGAACCCCGAGAUUACUGCGCGGACUCAGAAGUGCCUAACUGCCAGCCGUCCUACAUGAGGGGAGGGUAUUUCUCCAGCAACCAUGAAGGAUUUCCAUAUGAAAAGGAUCCCAGGCUAUACUUCGAUGACACCUGCGUGGUGCCUGAAAGACUGGAAGGCAAGGUCAAGCAGGAGCCCACCCUCUAUCGAGAGGGGCCCCCGUAUCAGAGACGAGGCUCUCUUCAGCUGUGGCAGUUCCUCGUCACCCUUCUUGAUGACCCAGCCAAUGCCCACUUCAUUGCCUGGACUGGCCGAGGCAUGGAAUUUAAGCUGAUAGAACCCGAGGAGGUUGCUCGGCGUUGGGGCAUCCAGAAGAAUCGGCCAGCCAUGAACUAUGACAAGUUGAGCCGCUCUCUACGCUAUUACUAUGAAAAGGGCAUCAUGCAGAAGGUGGCUGGGGAACGGUAUGUCUACAAAUUUGUCUGUGACCCGGAUGCGCUCUUCUCCAUGGCCUUCCCAGACAAUCAGCGUCCGUUCCUGAAGGCAGAGUCUGAAUGCCCUCUCAACGAGGAGGAUACCCUGCCACUGACUCAUUUUGAAGACAACCCUGCUUACCUCCUGGACAUGGAUCGCUGCAGCAGCCUCCCCUAUGCUGAAGGCUUCGCUUACUAAGUUUCUGAAUGGCUGAGUGGCCAAACCCUAGAGCUAGCAGUCCCCAUUCAGGCAAAUGAGGGCAGUGGUUUUGUUUGUGUUCUUGGCUGUUCCUAAAGCUUGCCCUUUGAGUAUUAUCUGGAGAACCCAAGCCAUCUCUGGAUUGACACCCUUAAAAACAAAUACCUUGGCUAGGGAGUGGGAACAGGGAGAGACAGAAAAACCACCAAGUGGCUGGUGAUUCUGAUGAGAGUCCUGGGAAGAGAUGGAAGUGGAGCCUCCUUGCCAUCAUGGACAAUAUGUGCAGAGCAAUACCUUGUUCAGGUUAGCGCCCAUGAAAGGGGACCGAGUGUACGACAAUCUGCAUUGAGCAUGUACUACUAAAUGCCUUUACAUAGAAGGGCUUUGACUUGCACAAUUCUUUGGAAAGAAACCGCACACCCAUAGGAAAGUGGAAAGGCUGGGUUGGGGAGACUCAGAUUACUAAGGCUUGAAUUUUGCAAAACUCCUGCAUCUCAGUUUGGAAUAUUUCCCCUUAGUCCAGAACCGGGGCGGCCAGGACAGCUGUUACCCACUCCAUGGUUCUCUGACCACAGCUCCUCUCGAGCCUUCCAGCCAGAGUGGUCAACAUGUAGAUCAAGCCCCUCUCCUCCCAGUCACAUGGCUGAGUGUAGAUGGCUUUCGUUUUAGAAGAAAGGUGAUAAACACUUGACAGUAUUUUGUUUUGCUUUGAUUUGGGGGGAUCAUUUUGUUUUGGUGGUUGUUUUGGGGGGAAAAACAGUUUAUAUAAACUGAUUUUUGUAGUUUUGGUAUUUAAAGCAAAAAAAACAAAAACAAAAACUUUUUGGUAACUGCACUAUUAUAUCCCUUACGUAGUCAGGGCCGUGUCCACUUACGAAGACGCUGCAGCUUGAGAGGGGCUUUGCUGGGGCUUCCCUUCGCCAUGUAGAAGUCUGCUCGGUGCCUUGGGCACCAGACAACCUGUUGAAACACUUACACCUGAUUUGUACAUUUUUGAAGUGUGCAGGGCAGCCUGGACACAGCUUAGAUUCCAUGUGUAUAGCUCUCCUUGCUCACUAACUUGCCCUCUCUGGGAAGCAGAUGUACAUACUACAUGUCAUGUCCAUGUAACACCUGGUCACCUGGUGGGACCCUAAUAGACAUCAGUUUCUGUUUUCCUUUUUCUUUCAGUUUUGGACCUUCAACCCUGCAUAAUGGUUCCUUAGGGUCUGAAAUUUGCCUGUCACUGACGGGUAAAACAGUGCUAGCUAGCAUUCUGGCUUCCUGCUACUCUCUUCUUUUUUCAGUUUUUAUUCUGAUUGCUGUAUUAUAUUGGGAAUGUUUUAAACAACCAAACUGAAGCUGUAUGAAAACUGGAUUUGGAGUGGAUGAAAGUCACCAGGAAGUGCCAGCAUCUUGCUGACGCCCAACCUGUUGACGGGAGUCUGUGCUGUCCUUGACACUCCACACACAUGAAGAGUGUUCCUCGUGUUCAGGACACAGAGCUGACUGAGUGUGGGAUGGGCUUUGCUGUCCUACAGUGAGGCACUCCACAGCCCUCUCAUGACCCACAGCACACUCGUGAAGAGGUGCACAGGAAUGAGGGGUGCAUUUUGUAACUGGGGAACUGAGGUUUUCCUCCUGAAAGCUAGUCAGCCCUGAGGUGUCAAGCCUGAAGCUUGGGCCUUAAUGAGCAUUGUACUCUAAUGAAAGGACUUUUUCUAAAGCAUAUUUAUAGCUUUCUAAUCUACACAUAGUCUAUACAUAGAUGCGAAUUUUACCCAGCUGGCUAGAGAUUUAUUUGUUGUAAAUGCUGUAUAGAUUGGUUUUCUGUUUGUCUGUUUGUUUUCUCUUCCUCCCUUUACUUAUACUGGUUUGGGGUUUUUUGUUGUUUUGUUUUUUAAUGAAUUUAUGCUGUUUUACUGGGUAUGAAGAGAACCCUCUGUGACCUGAGCUGCCCCUGCCCUGCUGUGUGACUGCACGGUGCACCGUAAGGGACAUAGGACAGCAGCAGCGUCACUUUGCAUUCCCAUCCGACUCAUGUACCCCCCAGAUAGCUGUUUCCUUCAGGGUGUGGGGGUUCUUUCCUUCAUUUGCUUCUUUUCCAGAGUGUGGAAAGUCUACAGUGCAGAAAGGCUUUAGCCUGCCAGUUGACUUGAGAUACCCCUUCCCCCUGCGCAGGGCUGUGUACAUCCUGCCGAGCUGCGUUAUAUUCUGUACUGUGUACAAUAAAGAAGUUUGCUUUCCUUUA